AUGUCGAUCCUCAAGCGGCUGUAUGUCGCGGGCUUCGACGCCGAAGCACUCCGCAAUGACGGCUUAUUGCCGUACUUGGUUGCUGCCUCUCUGAUGCUCAUCGCUUACAUGGCGAUGGGAGAGAAGGCGGCCGGCAAGGGUGGUUUCCCUAUCGCGAAUCCCAUACGACCUUUCGAGUUCGUCACUUUGUUUCGACUCGCCGCCUUCAUCAAGGCGCCCAGAAAGCACUUUGCCUCGUAUGCGGAGAAGUACCAUGACACGCCGUACUGGCUGAACAUGGAGUUGGGGAAGGCGUUGAUUGUGCCGUCUUCAAUGAUUAGCGAGAUCCGCGUCAACCCUGUGAUGAGUAGUCUUAAGGCCAUCCAAGAGGUCCAAAAUGGCUCUUUGAAGGGGUUUGAGCCGAUCGGUGAUGUUCUUGACCAAGACAUGUUAAAGUUGGUCAAGGACCAUUUGACGACCAAGAAUCUGGGUAAAAUGAUCCCAGCCAUCUCGGAAGAAGUCUCAGACUCCCUUUCGGAGGUGUAUUCAGACAGCUAUGAAUGGAAGGACUUCAAGCUUGGCGCACCCAUCGUCAGCCUCGUAGCUAAAACAUCUUCAAGAGUCUUUGGAGGCAAGACCUUUUGCCGCAGCGAAGAGUGGCUCGGGGCCAUGGCCAAGUACACAAAGCACUUCCUCAUCGCUAGUAUCACGUUGCGCUUCUUCCCCACGUGGAGCAAACGCUUCGUGCAGUGGAUUCUCCCCCCUUGCUGGCUGUUGAGAUAUGAUCUUGUCCGAUGCCGCCGCGUCCUCAAGCCCAUCAUGGAUCAGCGCGCGCGCGAGGUUGAGCGGGCAAAAGAGAGCGGCCUCGAGCCGGAGUAUGCUUUCGAUCAGGCAUUGGCUACGCUCAGCAGGAAGAUUGACAUGGCGACAGCCCAGAUCAGUCUGGCGAUGGUAGCUAUACAUACUACGGCGGAUCUGCUUGAGAAGACACUGCUUGCUCUGUCGGAACACGAAGAGCUUAUUGACCUGCUCCGUCAGGAGAUUGUCUCUGUAUUGAGUGUUCAUGGUCUUAGCAAUGCCGGACUGGCCCAGCUGGAUUUGAUGGACAGUGUUCUGAAGGAAGUGCAGCGGAUCAAUCCAGUUGCCAACUGCUUCCUCAAUCGUAUUGCUGUGGAAGAUUUCCGCCUCGCCAACGGGAUGCUCAUUCCUCAAGGCACGCUUCUUGGAGUGGGUCCUACUCACAUGUGGGACAACUCCUUCUACGAGGACGGUGAGAAGUUUGACGGUCUCCGAUUUCACCGCAUGCGGCAAAACCCGGAGCUGAAGCAGCAAUCAUACUUGGUUUCCACCAGCCCCAACCAGCUCGGCUUUGGUCACGGCUCUCAUGCCUGCCCUGGAAGGUUCUUCGCCGCGAAUGAGGUCAAGAUUAUCCUGUGCCACUUCCUUCUGAAUUAA